CGUGAUGACGACAACAUGAUGCCCCAGUGUGGUACGUAGCGUAACAUUCCAUUAAGAAGAAGAAGGAAAAUGGCGUCUUCUAACAAUCCUCGCAAAUUUAGCGAAAAGAUCGCUCUGCAUAAUCAGAAGCAGGCAGAGGAGACGGCGGCGUUUGAAGAAGUCAUGAAGGACCUGAAUAUUACCAGGGCAGCUCGGCUGCAGUUGCAGAAGACCCAGUAUUUGCAACUAGGGCAGAAUCGUGGACAGUACUAUGGAGGCUCACUGCCCAAUGUCAAUCAGAUUGGAAAUGGCAACAUUGACCUGCCUUUUCAGAACUCAGUGCUGGAUACCAGUCGAACAACUAGGCACCAUGGGUUGGUGGAGCGUGUUUACCGUGACCGCAAUCGCAUCACAUCCCCUCACCGCAGACCGCUGUCAGUGGAUAAACAUGGACGCCAAAUUGACAGCUGUCCUUACAGCUCAGUUUACCUCUCCCCUCCACCAGACACGAGCUGGAGAAGGACAAAUUCAGACUCUGCCUUACACCAGAGUACUAUGAGUCCAAAGCCCCAGGAGGUGUUUGCAGGAGGAUCUCAGGAGCUGCAGCCUAAACGAGUGCCUGGGAUGGAGAAUUCCGAGUCAAACGUUGACAAGGAUGUCCAGAAACAGUUGUGGAACGAUAAAAAGGAUGAUACGACAAAGCCCAACACAUGUGAUGUCCCGGGAAUCAAUAUUUUCCCAUCACCCGACCAGGAAUUGAAUCCAUCAUUACUGCCGGCGGCUCACAACACCGGCGGCUCAUUGCCUGAUCUGACCAACAUCCAGUUCCCACCCCCAUUGUCCACCCCACUAGAUCCUGAGGACACCGUGGCCUUCCCCUCCCUCAGCUCCUCAAACAGCACAGGCAGCUUGACCACCAACCUCACCCACCUGGGCAUCAGCCCCGCCAGUCAUGGAAUUCCCACCUCAUCUCAAACUACCAUGACUGUAACAGCACAACGCCGGCAACCUCCUGUGGUGCCCCUGACCCUCACCUCUGACCUCCACCUCCAGCAAUCUCCACAGCAGUUCUCUCCUGCCCUGUCUUCACCAGUUAACAUUUCACAGGCUUUACCAGCUGUGCCACUGACCCUGGAGCAGCAGCUUUCCCAGUAUCCACUUUUCAACCAGUUGACAGCUCAGGCCCAGGCCCAGCUGCUCAGUGACCUGCAGAAGCAGCAACAGGCUCUAUCACAGGGCAUCCAGCUCAUUUCUUUCCCGACUUCAGCCUCCACUGGAACAAUUCCCGCAUCUGUCAGCAGCCCCUCCCCAGACAGCCAGACCACCGCCAGUAUCAGCAUCAGCUCGUACCGCAAUCAGACUGGCUCACCAGCCACUCAGUCUCCAACCUCCCCAGUCUCCAAUCAAGGCUUCUCCCCUGGCGGCUCGCCUCAACACAUCCCUGUGGUGGGAAGUAUUUUCGGCGACUCCUUUUACGAUCAGCAGACGUCAAGGCAGACCAAUGCACUUUCCCAACAGCUGGAGCAGUUCAACAUGAUUGAGAGUCCCAUCAGCUCCGCCAGCCUUUACAACCAGUGCUCCACCCUCAACUACACACAGGCAGCCAUGAUGGGCCUGACUGGGAGCAGCCUGCAAGACUCUCAACAUCUGGGCUACAGUAGUCACAGUAACAUCCCCAACAUCAUCCUAACAGUCACAGGCGAGUCUCCUCCGAGCCUCUCCAAAGAGCUGACCAACUCUCUGGCUGGUGUCGGUGAUGUCAGUUUUGAUGCAGACUCGCAUUUUCCUUUGGACGAGCUGAAGAUCGACCCACUCACCUUGGACGGAUUGCACAUGCUCAAUGACCCUGACAUGGUGCUUGCCGACCCAGCCACGGAAGAUACGUUCAGGAUGGACAGGCUGUAACCUUCGGGGCCGAUGGCGGUAAAUAAAUACACACUAACUUGUUAAAGGAGAAAAACCAGAGGGUGGGAAGUACUCCCUCUCCCUCGUUGCAUGGCUGUCCAGCUGUCCGACCUCGCCCUCAUCUCCGUGAAGCCCUCUGAAAAGUUGCUCCACAAGAAGACAGCAGGGAUUACAACAUCCAGUGGCUUGCUGGGGAAUGGCCUCGCUGUGGAUUUGGAAUGAAAUUGGUCGCUCAGCGCUUUUGCUAGCCUGCUGUGUUUACAGUGUACCAUUACAUGCCACAUAUACUCCAAAAAAAAUGCACAUUUGACAAUGUCCCUUUUCUUUUCCUUUUCAUAACCACUUUGAUAUUUGUGUUCGUUUUUAUAUUCACUGGUAGCAGAAAGCUGCUGGGACAUUGGGCUAAACUACGACUGCAGUUUGCUCGUACCCGGCGAUCAGAUGAAUUGUUUUUUUUUUUUCCUCAUCAUGUUGUAAGAGCUUUCUAUCUCACACUCAAAGCUUUAUUUUUGACAACCAAAAGUUACUUUCACCAUGUACUGUACGUUUUGAUGCUCUGUGUUUUUAUAUGUUUGGUUUAUUUAUUCCCUUAAAGAUUUUAUAUUUUAUUCAUAAUUUAAAUUUGAUGCCAAAAUGCUCUCUGUAGGCAUUGUGUAAAAUUGCACUGAUGUAUUUUGUGUCUAUUUAUUAUGUACUAACAUAUUUAUAAAUGUGUUUGUUUGUUUGUUAUCUUACUUGGUUUACGAAGGAGUGCGAAACCUCCCCAUAGUUGCUCUUUGGUGUUUGAUGGGCCAUUCGCUGACGCAGGGAUGCGCUCCACUUUGUUUACGCUGCAGCCCAACGCUCAGAUCCAAAUGUUGUCGUUUCAAGUGACGUGUUGGUGUCACGUCAGUGUAAAUUAUUUGUUUUGUUUCUGAGAAUAUUAUCAGGUAUUUCUAUUCACCUAAAAAGCAGGAGAAAUGUGUCCAAAUUUGUUCAUCGCAACCGAUGAUAUUGACAAAAAGCCAGUACACAUCAGACUAAAGUCGUCUGUUUUAAACCAGAGAACAGUUUAAAUAAAAAAAAAAAAAGUUAAAUCUUCUUCAGUGGUCACUGUGAAAUCACCUGAUUUUGCCUUACAUGAGUGUCAUCGCUGUUCUACUUAAGUGUCUGACGUAAAAAACGUAUUUUCGUACCUUAUUGUAAGAAUUUUCUUGUAUUUGAGAGGAACUUAACUUUUUGAUCAGUGAUACUUGUGGUUAUGUUGUGUAAAGUUUGACAAAUCAAUGUACUGUAUUUUGUAGCGGUACAGUUUAUACCCAAAUUGUUGAUGUUUUUUAAAGUGGGGCAAAAAAAAGAAUUAAAAAAAAAAAGAAGGGGAUUUAAGGUGAUGGAAAGGUAGUGCAAGUAUGGGGAGGCUUUUUGCUCCUUGAAAGGGAAGCUCUAACAAAAAGGCUACUGACCGUUGCCACAGGGGUCAUCACUAUUCAAAGCACUAGAAACGAUUUGUAACUGUCAAAUAUUACAGAUUAUUGUUUAACAGUAUCAGUGACUCCACAAGGUUUUAUGAAUAAAGGGAUAUUUUAUUAUUGUUGAUGGAAUAACACAAGUACAUGAGUACAUAAAGCUUAUACAAAACUAAUUUAUAUAUAUAUAUAUAAAGUAUUUUAUGCAAUUGACACCAACAAAGUGAGCAUUACUGUCUAAAACUGUUUACACCUACUUCACAAACUUGCCGUCAGUGAUGUCUUCAUUUGGCUAACAUGCUGUAAGCGAAACCGUAGAAGCAAAGAGGUACGCGUUAAGUUGUUCUGGCUCCUCAGUACGAAAAAUGUUGUGGGAUAGAUUUCCUAGAUUUACUGUCUGCACCCAGAGAGACACUGGAUUAGUCUGUCAGACUGUUAAGCUGUUCAACACAUGUUCCAACAACAGUAUUUCACCUAAAAGCAGCUUUAUCCACAAAGUCCACUCAAGUUGCAUCUGAACAUUUGUACAUUUCUGAUUACUUCCACGACACAGUCAACGUUUGCCAAAAUACUAACAUUGGUUUGGAAUUCAAAACUGACCUGAGAUGAGUCAUUGGUCUCCUUUGGCCUUUUGUCAGAGUUUCCCUGAGAGUUGUGUGCAGGUCUGUGGAAUCAUCUUUACUCUAUUGUAAUGUUUGUGUACAGAUGUGCUUAUCAUUUACUGACACAAGACACUGUUGGGACAGAAUUCCCAACUCCCUCUUCCCUUUCCAAAAAGGAAUCACGUUUGGGUAACUGUUCUCCUCCACAGUUGUGCAGCUGAGUUGAUUUGGAGUGUUUUGAUGUCUGCUGUUCAGUUUGCCUUCAACACAUCUGUGAUUCCUAUGCAAAUGAUACAAAAAAAAUGACCCUUGGAAAAAAAAAAUCCAAUUCUUUUGUUUGUUUUGUUGUUUACUACAUU